AUGUCUCGCCCCGAAGACCUUCUCCCUCCGGACCUGUACUACAACGACACCGCAUCGGCCAAAUACACGACGUCGUCGCGGAUCCAGUCGAUCCAGGCGUCCAUGACCCACCGGGCCCUGGAGCUCCUCGACCUCGACUCCCCCUCCUUGAUCCUUGACGUUGGCUGCGGGUCGGGCCUGUCGGGCGAGAUCCUGUCGGAGGAAGGACACAUCUGGGUGGGCAUGGACAUUUCGCCGAGCAUGCUGGACAUCGCGCUGCAGCGGGAGACCGUCGAGGGCGACCUGUUCCUGGCGGACAUGGGCCAGGGCGUGCCCUUCCGCGCGGGGGCGUUCGACGCCGCCAUCAGCAUCUCGGCCGUGCAGUGGCUGUGCAACGCCGAGACCAGCGGCGUGUCGCCCGAGGGCCGGCUGCGGCGCUUCUUUGACGGCCUGUACGCGUCGCUGCGCCGCGGCGCCCGCGCCGUGCUGCAGUUCUACCCCAAGAACGACGCCCAGCGCGCCAUGAUCUCCCAGGCGGCCGUGCGCGCGGGCUUCGGCGCCGGCAUCCUCGAGGACGACGGCGGCACCAAGAACGUCAAGACGUACCUCGUCCUCAGCGUCGGCGGGGGCGACAUCACCGACCGCGUCAGGAACAUGGACAACGUGGACAUCGAGGACGGCCGCCGGAUCCGGGAGGCCAAGAUGACCACGACUUCCCACAAGGGCGGGGCGGGCAGGCGGGGGCCAUUGGGUGAUGUCAAGGGCAGCAAGGCGUGGGUCAUGAAGAAGAAGGAGAAGAUGAGGAACAAGGGCAAAGUGGUCAAGACGGACUCGAAGUACACCGCGCGCAGCAGAGGGCCCAAGUUUUGA